CCGAUCCCUCUGAUUUUAGAGGCGCGCCGGAACAGGCGCGCGAAAGGCAUGGCAUGGCCAUGGAACUGGCGCCGCAGAUGGCGGUGUCACUGGGGGCACUGGUGGGCGAUACCUUGCAGGGCUUCAUGGAGAUGCUAGAUCCCGCAGGGGCUAUUCCGGAAAAGGUCUUCUUGUUCAUCGUUUGGGACUUCAUUCAGGCAGCUGUACGGUUGCUGGAAGCAGGCUAUGAAGCCACGCGCAAGCUGCUCAGCAAUGGCACUUUUGUCUCAGAGAUGGAUUCGGACACUCAGACCGCCGAGAAUGUGAGCAAUGCAGAGCCAGGCAGCCACUUCCUGACCAAGCAUUUUGACCGCUUGGCUGACGGUCUUUGGCUUUUUCUGGACAUCUACGGCCGCGUAGGGAAGUUGAGCGACAGCCGGCAGUCAGCGAGCGCCGAGGGAUUCCCAGACCCGCAGCCACUGCGCAGCUUUUUGGAGCAUGUCCCAGAUGGGCGCACGCUGGCGGCAUUGGAAGAUGUCUUGGAGAACAUGGGGGGCAAGAGACUGAAGGUGUCAAAGCAACUGGCGUGGUGCAACGCCUUGCUGGAUUCCCUGACCAUGAUCAAGCAGAACGUGUCGGAGGCUUUGUCCCUGGCGGCGGCUGUGCUCGUGGAGUACCGGGGCUUCAUGCGCCUCGAGCAGAGCUUCGACGUUCCCUCGCACCUGGCGUACCUGGAGCUGAGACCCAACUGGUUCCCGAAGUUGCUGUCCUUUAUCGACGACAUGGAGGGCCAGGUGACUUUCUCCCGGACCUCCUCUCAGUGCAGCCUGUCCAGCGGCCCAAGGAGGCCCAAGACAAGCUGGAUUGAUGCCACGGGCUACUUGGCCUGGCACGGCGAGUCAGUGCAGGCUUUGCUGGAGCGUAUCCGCCAGGAGCAUCAGCUGAGCUACACCUUCUGGUCGCUUCAGUCCGCGGACUUCCAGGCGCCCAGCUGCCGGCCCAGCUCGGAGGUGCUCUAUGACCCCAGCGCCUGCCUGGAAGACGCCGGCUGGGCGGGCUACGUCUACCGGCACAGCCCCGAGCAGGCGAUGGCGCGAUACCAGCCAAGGCCAUGGCGAGGGCAUCGCAUCGAGGGCACCGUGUUGCAGGUGGCCACGCUGAAGGAGGGCCUCGCAGCGCCGCCAGUGCCCCUGGAUGUGGUCAUAGUGUCGCCGCUGGUGGGGAACUGCCGGGAGCUGCUGGAGAUGCUGCGGGCGGAGUCCAUGACCAUCAGCAAGCUCGUGUACGUGGCCUUCAACCCCACCCUGCCGCCACCGCUGCAGGCGGAGCCCAACUUUACUUUCCGGGCAGAAGGGCAGAUGACAGAUGAGAUGGUCCGCGAGGUGGUCUUCUCCCAAUGCUCGCUGGCCACCAUCUCAGAACUCCUGGCUCCGCUGCAGUACCGCCUGCUGCAGGUGGAGCACCUCUACGCCGUCUACGUGCACCGAGCCUUCCACGGCAUCUUCCCGGAGGUCGGAGAGGCCGAGGAGUGGCGCAGCGGCUGGUUCUGCUCCCCGCUCUCCAAGUUCCUUUUGGGCCUAGAGGCCUCCGAGGCCGGGGCGAAGGCCUCGCUGGGCCGCGCCAUUUGCAGAGGCGAUAGCUGUGACUGCCGAGUACCGUAUCGCGGGCCCAUGUGUGACAAGACGGCUGCAAGCAUCGACGACGAGCGGCCAUACAAGGCGGCGAUACACUAUAUUGUCAAUGAUGCGCCGGACCACAUGCAGGAGCUCUUGUUCAGCCUCAAAAACCUCUACGAUGCCUUCAACGCCCGGUAUGACUACCCGGUGCUGAUCUUUCACGACGGCUUGUCUCAGGGCAGCAGAAGGCACAUUGUGUCCGCGGCGCCAAACCGCAUUUGGUUCUUCGAUGUGGGCGAUGAUUGGCUGCCAUCGUCCUUCGGUGCUAGUCACCUUCACAGCACUUUUGGCGCAGGAUACAUGGCCCAGAGUCGGUUCCGCUCGGGGCCGGUCUUCGUGCACCCCGCCCUCGAGAAGUUCGAUUACCUGUGGUCGCUGGACAGUGACAGCCACUUUCCCACGACCGUCGAGGCGGAUCCCUUCCUGGAGCUCCACAGCAACUCCGAGCUCGUCAUGGGCUGGUCCUAUGUGACCACCACCUCCCCUGCCUCCGUCCGAAGGCUCUGGGAGUAUACCAUGCUCUACGCGAUGAAGGAGAAGAUCAACAUCUGGUCCAACACCUUGUCCAAGAACUGGAAGACCUCAAAGUCUCAUUUCAUGUCGGCAUUCCUGGCUGCAAGCGAUGUGGAAGGAUUGGAAAGGAUGCCGCUCUGGAACGACCGGGUCUUGAUGACCGACUGCGAAGUUCUGCGUCUUUCCUUCUUCCGGUCCUCUCGCUAUUGGGACUACUUCAAGUACUUGGACUCCUUGGGGGGGUUUUGGACCUACCGCUGGGGCGACCACGCGGUCCGCACCUUGGGACUGGGCCUGGCCUUGUGGGAGGAGGAUCGCUGGUCCUGGGAGCAGGGAGCUACCCCCGGCAGGGGCAGCCUUGGCUGGCCCAGGGUGUUCCAGCUGGACCUGCCCUAUGCACAUCAAGACUUUUGUCACUGCGAACGAGGCUGCAAGUUGAUCCACGACCCCAAGAACGGGCUCAUCGCUGAAGCGCUGCGGGGCAUCCGUAAGAAGUUCUGGACCUGCUAGGGCUUCAACGUGCCACACGUUGCUGCGAAGCAACCUGCAACUUUCAACCAAAAGCAAG